CUUAAGGAAGGCAAUGUUGAAUGAAGCAUGUUUUGCAUUUGCAUUGAAACAUAGGGGGAGUUGUGGUUGUAAGACAGAUACCUAAAAGAUUGCCUAUCUUAAGUUGAGUUACAUGUUGCUCAUUACUGUAGCAUCUGAGCAUCUUACAACUGUUAAUGUAUUUAUUGUCACAAAAUCUCUGAGCGAUAGGAAAGUGCUAUUAUCCCCAUUUUAAAGAUAAGCUCAAAGAUACCAAGUUACUUUCCCCUGGUCACACAGGAAGCCUGUGUCAGAGCAGGGAAUUGAGCUCAGAUCUCCCAAGUUUCAGACUAGCGCUCAUUACAACCAUACAUCCUCUCAUAUUAUCCUGGGCUCAGGUCAUGUAGUACUGUGAAAUAAGGCCCAAGUCAGUAAACUUAAUGGGAUACUCUAUGGGAAACCAGUGAAGAGAUCAAAGCACCAGGAUACUGUAUUGGUAGUAAUCUGUGCCCUCAAUGAGGCAUGCUGUUGCAUUCUGCACCCACUGCAGUUUUCUCAAGGCAUAUGUUUUUGAGCCCAAGUAAAGUGCAUUGCUAUAAUCCAUUUGGGAGGUAUUCUUAUGACCAGGUCAGUGGUAGCAAGAAUGGGACAAAAUCUUUCUAAUUGUUUGGUGAUGAUAGAAAAAGUGUCAUACAUGUUUUUUUGCAAGAACUUUGUGUCUGGGAGGAGGCUAGAAAGACUGCCAACAUGUGGACUGUCUUGAUGUUCUAUGGGCAUGCAUUGUCGACUGGAGAGAGUGGCAACUUGAUGGCUAGCUGUUUGAAGUGUUAACUUCUGUCUUGUUGGGAUUCAAUUUCAAUAAGCUCUACCUGAGCCAUGUGCUGAUGUUGGCCAGUCACUGGGAAAACAGGAUUACCAUAUUGUUAUCCUACAUUGAAAAUGACAAAUUUGGGUCAUUUUCAUGUUGUUGACGUUAUAGCCCAUGAAGUCUCCCCAUUUCUCCCAUUGGCUAAAUGUAAAUACUUAUUGAAAUUGGGGAGAGAAUUAAUCCAUGUGGUUCUCCACAAAUGAGAAAUCUGGUAGCAAAGGUAGCUUCUGUGUGUGACUCUCAAGAAAGGAUUCAUAUAAUUAGAGGGCAUUUCUUUGGAGCACUGUCAUUUCCCUCAGAUGGGAUAAUAAUAUCUUGCAAUCAGCCAUAAUGAAUAUUGCAAAGAGGUCCAGAAGUGAGACAAUGGACAUUUUGUUCUUUAUAUAUAGUAAGAGAUCUUCCAUUAGCAGUAACAGUACUGUUUCUGUUCUGUAUCCUGGCCAAAACCAGACUAUGUUAGAUCGUUUCCUUAUCCCCCAAACAGAAAAGGAAGGACAAGGCUUAGCAUUUUUGAUAAACUUCUUUUUUCUCUGCAAGGAAAAGAUCAGCCUCCUUUAAAAAAAUCAUAGUGAUGCAAAAAAGGGCACUUGGCAGGCACGCAGAUUUUAAAAUGUUGUCCAGAGAUUUUUUCAAACUGCAAAUAUUUACAUCAACAAUUGCUGUGGUACUACAUCCAGUGAGGUAGCUUGCAUCUAAUAUAGAAGUAUAUUUCAACAAGCCACAUGAGUCGUAGGCACUCAGCACACUGAUAUUCACAGUAUGAAAACAGAUGCAUGUUACUUAUCUAGGAACUUUAAUCUUGUAACAUUUAAAGGGCCGUUAGUUUGUUUGCUUGUUUCUAAACUUUUGCAGGUAUAAUAUAACCUUUUUAACAGUGUAACUUUCCCUUUAAGUGCCAAGGACACUAGCAGUUUUCCUGGCAUUGACAGAACAUUAUCAUUCUCCCUUGUAACACAGAAACAGGCCUUAAACAUUUUCUGACCUCAUCUGGCUAUUUCAUAAAAGAUCAUUAAAUGUACAUAUGUAUAUCUAGUGUAUAUCAACUUCUUGAUUUGAUAAUUUAACAUUGUGUUUCUUUUUCUUUCAUUUUAAAGAUGUUGGAGUUGCUGGUGUUUUAAAGUCUCUGUCAUUGUUGAGAAUCAUUUGCUUGGUGCAGAUUAGCCAAAUCCUGAGACUAAUACGGCAAGCCCAAGGAAUUAGAACUCUCCUUUUUACAUUAUUGAUGUCCCUUCCUGCUCUGUUCAAUAUUGGUGUCCUACUUUUUCUGAUCAUGUAUAUUUAUGCUAUUUUGGGCAUGGCUUACUUCGCCUGUGCUAAUUGGGAUUGUGGGAUUGAUAACAUUUUCAACUUCCAAAUCUUCGGUAGCAGCAUGCUCUGUCUCUUCCAGAUCAUGUCAGCCAGCUGAGAUGGCCUUCUUAACCUUUCGUAGGGAUAAGAUCUUGUGCUCCAAAUUUAAAGAUCCAACCUAGAGACAAUAUUACUUGUAUAAAUAGCUCUGUAGCAAUUAUAUAUUUUUUGUAAGUUAUGUCAUUAUAUCAUUUCUUAUUGUUAUAAACAUGUAUAUAGCUGUUAUUUUAGAGAACUUGAAUGUUGCUACUGAGGAAAGUACAGAGCCUUUAUGUGAAGAUGACUUUGAUAUGUUUUAUGAAAUAUGGGGGAAAUUUGAUUCUGAGGAGACUCAGUUUAUUGAGGAUUCUGCACUUUCAGACUUUGCAGAUGCUUUGGAAAAACCCUUAAGUGUAUCAAAACCCAACAAAAUUCAGCUUAUAGCAAUGGACCUUCCUAUAGUUAGUGGAGAUAGGAUCUACUACUGGGAUAUUUUGCUUGCUUUUAUCAAAAGAGUCUUAGGAGAAUCUGGGGAGAUGGACAAACUAAUGAUGGAGAAAAAGCUUAAGAUUGCCUUUCCGUCCAAGCUUGCUUAUAAACCAAUUACAACUACCCUUAGAAGAAGACAAGAGGAGUUUUCUGCCAUUAUUAUCCAAAGGGCCUUCCAGUCCCAUUUGAUUCAGUGUUCUGUGAAACAGGUCUCUUUUUCAUACCAACACAGAAACUGUGACAGUAGCAUCUUUAAAGAAGAUGUAUCUGAAAAGGAAGGUAGCCAGUUAGAUAAAUCACAAACUGCGUCUUCCAUUUCUUUCCCUCCAUCUUAUAAUAGUGUCACUGGGGCCACUAAUGAUAACUUGCAGGUGACAAUUACAGAUUCAAGCAAAACCAAUUAACUUAGAUGGAAGUAACCUUUUGAUUCCAGAAUAUAAUACUAUAACUUAACAAUAAUUAUAGUAGUCUUUAUUAAGAGUUAAUGAUUGCAUAAUCCUUACAAUGAUGAAUUUUUAGCUUUGCGAGUUCUCCCCAACAUGAGUAGGAGUUACACAACUGAGUCCUAAAUAUUAGUUGCAAAUCAAACAAUGGCAAUUUUAUCUUUAGCUACUGAAGUAAAGUUUUCAACUUACUAUUUUAGCAUUGCUCGGUGUUUAUUCACAGAAGGAAUCUGUACAAGAUCAUACCAGUUAUAUCAGUGGUUGUAUAUAAACAUACUAGACUGGAAAACAAUAAAUAUGGGAUAGAGCUCUUCUUGACCUGCUGCUCACAAACUGGGAAGAAUUAGUAGGGGAAGCAAAAGUGGAUGGGGACCU